UGUGUGCAUGUUGUUUGUGUGCAGUGCGCGCGCGAUCGCGUAUGUGUCUAUAUAUUGUGUGUACCCAUUAAUAGUCUUAGAUAGUAAUAGGUACGUCGUGGUCGAUAAUAUUACCUAUCUAAAAUUUUUAUUAAUCGAUAUUAUUAAAUGUUAUUAUUUUAUUAAUAGCCGUCGUUUUUACAAGUGCCCACAGUGCGUUUCCCGCGGUAACGGUAAGGAUUCCUGUUUUCGGUAUACUCACACCGUGUGCGUUCCGUCCGCCCAGCGAUUUUCGUAUUUCUUUUCUUAUUUUUUAAUUUUUUAAUUUCAUUUUUUAACCGCCGGCCAAUUAUCGAAAACGGCGGCGACGGUGUCGGUGGUUGCGGCGGCCCACGAUUUUCAGUGACGACCGUAGUCGUACGACCGACUGACGCGUGUCGUAAAGCGUAGGUACCUUCGACCGACCGACCGACCGACCGACAGACCGACCGACCACCACCACGGCGGCGGCAAUCGCGUGUCCUCGUGCCAUGACCUGCCAGUUUCCGGUCCGGCCUCAACUACUACCGUUGCAGGGCGGGACAGUGUCGACCGAAGCCCACCGCGUGAUGGGCGACUUGCAGCAUUUCUGUCUGCGCUGGAACAACUACCAGAACAGCAUCACCACAGCGUUCGAGAACCUGAGGGACGACGAGGACUUCAUAGACGUGACGCUGGCAUGCGACGGUAAGAGCCUAAAGGCUCACCGGGUAGUGCUAUCUGCGUGCAGCCCAUAUUUCCGGGAACUGUUGAAAAGCACGCCGUGCAAACACCCCGUGAUCGUGUUGCAAGAUGUCGUGUUCGACGACUUGCAAGCACUGGUUGAGUUCAUCUACCACGGGGAGGUAAACGUUCACCAGAGGAACCUAAGCUCGUUCCUGAAGACCGCUGAAGUACUGAGGGUAAGCGGACUCACACAACCGUCCGACUCCACUACCGCCAAUGACCAUUCUGCGAGGCAGUCUUCCGAGACACCGCCCGCGGAAAAUUCGUUCCUGCAGUCGUUCGCUGCACAAGCGUCCGAAGGCAGAGUGUCGCCACAUGUCAGACAGAGGAAAGGUAUUCCGCAACAAUCGCCAUCGUCUAUACCUUCGCCGCCGUCAAAGGAAAACUCUCCGAUACCGUUGAAACGCAACAAGACUUCGUCGAACCCGUCUUCGGGUGGCGGUGGAGGCAUGGACCUGUCCGAGAGGACAUCUCAACACAGUCCCAGCUCGGCGGGAAGUCGGCCCAACUGCAACGACGACGACGACGCGGGCGAACGUUCGGACGGCGGCGGUGGGCCCGUCGUCGGAAGCAACGGCCACAGCAACGGACACCAAUCGCACAACCACCAUCUGCACCAACACAAUCAGCACCACGACGAACCUCCGAUGGACUAUUCGCGGACGCACCAACAACACCAGCAGCAACAGCCGGCGGCUAACGCCCUGCAACACCUGCAGGACACGGCACAGAACCUGAUGAUAUCCCGUCGGUCGCCCGCCGAAGUCAAAACCGAGCCGAUGGACACCGCGACCGCGACCGCCGUCAACAGUAACAGCGCGUACGCGGACGACAGCAACGACUCGGCGCCCGACUUCACGGGCGUCAACCCGGCCAUCGGCAUGUCCGAACCAGACGACACGUCAUACCAGAGCCACCACUCGUACCUGGACAGCAAGUUUUUCGCGGCCGCUGGCGCCUCGUUCAACUUCAGCAUGGCCGCCGCCAUGGCCGCCGACUCAUUAGCUGGUCUCAACAAUCACAAUCAUACCAACGUGAUGGAGGCUCUAGGAGGCUCCAGUUCUCAAGACUGGUCAGAGGCUGGUGGCGGAGGAGUCAGCGGCGGGGGCGCGGAGACGCUGUCCUGUUUCGUAUGCGGCAAGCGCCUGAGCACCAGGUUGACGUUGAAGCGGCACAUCGAACAGCAGCACAACCAGCCUCUGCACUCGGCCGUCUGCAACGUGUGCAACAAAGUGUUCCGCACGCUCAACAGUCUCAACAACCACAAGAGCAUUUACCACCGGAAGCCAAAAGCGUACAAAUCGGCGAGCGGGGGCGGUAACGCGGGGGCGGCGGCGGCGGCGGCGGCUUCGACGGUGGCCACGACCGCCCCGACGACGACGACUACUACUUCCGCGGCGGCGGUCACGUCGUCGUCCGCGUCGCCCGAUGGUAACGGUGGCGCGUCCGGAUGCACUAAUACCGCCGCCGCCGAUGCCGCCGCCUCGUCCGUGAAAAACUUACCGCCGCUGACCAUGUGGUACAACAACAACAUAAACAACAACAACAACAACAACAACAACAACUGACACAAGUUGCAGCGGAGCGCCUGAAUGGGCUCCGACGUCGUUUACGUCGUCCGAACGACGAGACGGCGGAAGAGGAGGAGAACGACGACGCCGACAACGGCCGGACAGAGGGACGACGACAGUAUUUACAAGCGACGUGAACGAGAAUGAACGAUAAUUAUAACGAUAUAUCACGAUAUAUGACGCCCCGUGUAGCCGACGACUGUAAAGUGCAAUAAGAAUAUUUUAUGUGUUAUUAUUAUAAUAUAACGUUUAUAUAUAUUAACAGUAGAAAUCGGUUCGAUUUUAAUAUUGUAAGUUUUGUAGGUUUCGUCUUUUGUAUUCAAUUUUUUUUUUUUCGUUUUCCGACGUGACUGUGAACAAAUUUUAUCAUAAAAAGAUACCCAUCGACGAAUUAUAUCGGAAUCAUUAUUUGUCUGUUUUUUUUCCUCGUGUUUGUUUAGGUAUUAUUAUUAUUAUUAUUAUUAUAUUAAUAUUAUUAUUUUAUUAAACGGUUCGCCAUAUAGGAUUAGUGUUGUAUGCAUAUAGGUGUAUAAUAUUAUAUAAUAUUGUGUAGAUACAUUGAGUAUAUAUUUUUUUUUCUUAACGACGUUAGACUGUGUUCGUACAAGGUUUAGUGAAACGAAUGAAAAA